CAAAUUCCCCAAAAACCAAUGGCCAAACUUACACAAACCCACAAAUCCUCAUUUCCCUCCAAACAAAUUAUAGGAAAAUUAAAAAAAAAAACUUAAGGGAAACAUGAAGAAUAAUUCCCCUAUUUUCCCGUUUAUCACCAUUCUCAUCAUUAUCUUAUCUUCACCAUCUGCAAAGAAAAAUCGAGAUUCCAAAAAAAUUAAUUACACCCCAUGGAGAAAAGCUUAGAUCCUGAAACUUCCGGAAGCUUCAACAGGAAGAAAGAUGAUGAAUCCAGCACUCCGAGACCAGACGCUCAUGCCGAAGAACUCUCCCCAGAACUUCGUUCGAGUUUCGCUCAGAUCAUGGAAGACGUUGAUAGGUUCGUCGAGACACUGUCUUCUGUUACUGAGAAAUCAAGCUUUCCCGAAAUUCCUGAUUGCGUUAAAUCAUUGUUGAAAAUCAUCGAGUCUCUGAUUUCGAAAUAUGAUGCAUUGACGAGAUUCGGCCAAAAUCAGGAAGAAGACGCCUCAUUUUUUGGAUCGAUGAAUCGGGUUUCGAAGUUGGUUAACAAUCUCGGUGAAUUUCCCUCUGGCUCAUCAAAUUCAAGUUUUAAUCGAGCGAGCUCUGUUCUUCAUCGAGCCGUGUGCUUAUUGGAUGACGAAUUUCAUGUUCUCCUAGAGAAUUCAAAACGGAGCAGCAAUCCAGAUCAUAAAUCUCCGAUGCCAUCCAAACAGUCCUCAUUCAAUCACAAUCAGGAAUUGGAUCAAAGCGUCGCAUCCCAACCAGAGACGGUAACAGAAGACGAAUUUCCUUCUUUUACUAAGGAAUCUAUAGCAAACAUGAAUCGAAUCACCAAAUCUAUGAUCUUCGCCGGUUAUGAGUUGGAAUGCUGUUUGAUUUACAGUGCUUUCAGGGGAAAAGCGUUCGAAAACGAGCUGGACAAGUUAGGAUAUGAGAAUAUUAGCACGGAUGACGUUCAGAAGAUGCAAUGGGAACCACUUGAAAAAGAAAUCGCCUCUUGGAUCAACAUCGUCAAGCGUUGCUUAACGAAUCUAUUCCCCGGCGAACGGAAGCUCUGUCAUUCAAUUUUUUCCGAUUAUCCAUCAAUUGCGGAAAGACUAUUCGUCGAUCUCGCAACCGCCUUGAUUAUGCGGUUUCUCAAUUUCGCAGACGCAAUUGCGCUAACCAAACGCUCCGCGGAGAAAUUGUUCAAGAUUUUAGAUGUUUACGAGACUCUGCGCGAUAUGUUGGCUACCAUUAACGAUCUUCCGGUGGAAGAUUUAGAAGCAGAGAUAACAAUUGCGCAACGCAGGGUUGGUGAAUCUGCUGUUAGCAUUUUCUGCGAGCUCGAAAAUUCGAUUAGGAGCGAUAACGGAAAAACUCCAGUUGCCGGCGGUGCCGUCCACCCCUUGACUCGCUAUACCAUGAAUUACCUUAAGUAUGCUUGCGAGUACAAGGACACACUAGAACAGGUCUUUCAACUGCAUCCGAGAAAGAACAUAUCAUAUUCAAACCAGCUGAAGGUACAGGAGGAACCGAAGACGAUGGAACACAGUGAGUCGUCGGAGUUUUCAAUACAAGUGAGGAUGGUUAUGGACCUAUUGGAUGCUAAUCUCGCCAUGAAAUCGAACCUGUACAAGGACCCUUCUCUGCGCUAUAUAUUCUUGAUGAAUAAUGGGAGGUAUAUUGUGCAGAAGCUCAAAGGAUCAGCAGAGAUUUACGAAAUAUUGGGUGAAGCAUGGUACCGGAAGCGUUCUUCGGAGCUCCGGCGGUAUCAUAAGAAUUACCAAAGAGAAACAUGGAGCAAAGUGUUGCAGGUUCUGAACCACGAGGGUUUGCAGGUGAAUGGAAAGGUGUUGAAGCCAAUAUUGAAGGAGAGGUUCAAAAGCUUCAAUUCCUUGUUCGAUGAGAUCCACAAGACGCAGAGUGCGUGGAUACUGAGCGACGAGCAACUUCAAUCAGAGCUUCGGGUAUCGAUAUCCUCGGUGGUGAUUCCGGCGUACAGAUCCUUCCUUGGCAGAUUCAAGCAGUUCCUGGCUCCCGGAAGACAAACGGAGAAGUAUGUAAAGUACCAACCUGAGGAUAUUGAGGGAUUGAUUGAGGAUUUGUUUGAUGGAAAUCGGGUGUCCAUGGCAAAGAGGAAGAAUUAAUAACAGAGUUGAAAAGGGAAGAGAUAGAAAUUUUUGCUUGAUCUCAUGAGGGAGCUGCUGCACCUCUGCAUAACUGACUCCAUUGAAUUUUUUUGAGCUUGUUUAUUGAACAGGCAUUUUGUAGUGAACUCAAUUUUGCAAUUUUGAAUGUCAUGAUGUAAUGCCAUAGGAGAUUUAACUUAAAGUUGAAUUGAUUUAUCCAUUAUCUAAAUGUGAUUGGUUGUCAAUGAGGUCUCAAGUCAAUUAGUUAAAGGAUGCUUAUGCCCUACAAUUUUAUUAUCUGUA